AUGGAUCCUGCUGCCUCCCUCCACGCUCUGUGGAACCUCACAAGCAAGCAGCAGUUUACCAGUGGCCAGGCUAAUGGCUCAGGAGUGACUGUGUCCAAGGAUGGAACUCUGUUCCACAUGCUGGCACUUUGCACCAUGGUCCUGAUGGACAUCCUGGCGGUGGUGGGCAACUUGGCCAUAAUGGCGGUCAUUGCUAGGGUACCACGAUUGCACAAGUUUAUCUUUGUCUUCCACCUGUGUCUGGUGGACCUGUUAGCUGCACUAGUCCUGAUGCCUCUGGGAAUGCUGACGGAGCAGGCCUUCUUUAACGAAACCAUGUGCCAGGCAUAUCUGUGCUUGAGUGUUGGCCUCAUCAGUGCAGCCAUCCUCACCAUCUCGGCGAUUAACGUGGAGAGGUACUACUACAUCGUGCAUCCCAUGCGGUAUGAGGUUAAAAUGACCAUUGGCCUUGUAGUUACUGUUUUGAUUGGCAUAUGGAUCAAAGCAACAUUUAUGGCUGUUCUUCCUUUGAUGGGUUGGACACAAAAGGAGGAUGAGACACUUUCAAAUCUGGUCCUAGAACCAAGAUGCUGCUCUUUACAUUCGAUCAACAGGGGUCCCCAGCGCUUGGGGUUCAUGGUUCUCUUUGCACUCAUAUACUUCCUCUGUCCGGUUUUUGUCAUCCUGGUGGUGUACUGUAAUAUGUUUAAGGUAGCCAGGGUAGCGGCUAUGCAACCGGGUCCCGUGCCAACGUGGGUGGAAACACCACGGCCACGUUCGGACUCUUUAAGCAGUCGAUCCAGCACAGCAGCGAGCCUCAGAACAACUCGCAACACGCCACAGAGGACGUUCGGCGGUGGCAAGGCUGCAGUUGUACUGGUGGCUGUUGGGGGUCAAUUCCUGGGCUGCUGGCUCCCUUACUUUUCUUUCCACCUCUACUCAGCCAUUGUUUCAUCCUCUCCUGCCUCACUGGCUCAAGUAGAAGAUGUAGUCACCUGGAUUGGCUACUUCUGCUUUACCUCCAAUCCUAUUUUCUAUGGCUGCCUGAACCGACAAAUCCGUGAGGAACUGGCAAAAAACGUGGCGUGCGUCUUCAAGUGGGGACGGCCACACGACGACGAGCAGUUGCCCAGCAGGGAGGCUUCCAUCGAGGAGAACUUCCUGCAAUUCCUUCAAGGCACUGGUUGCAACAUGGGACCCAGGAACUCACAAAGCAUUUCAGUCCUGCAAAAGGAUGAGGAUGAUGCUCUGUCAGAUCAGUUCAGGCCUUCAGUUGACUUUCAUAUCCCAGGCCAGAUCAUGGAAGAGACGUCAGAGUUUAUUGAUCAGCAACAGCUGAAUGAUCUUAAUAUAACAAACAACUGUAUCAAGACUAUGCCUGAGCUGCAGGGUUAA